GUUCAGAACUCCGGCCAAGCAGUUAGCAGGUCACUAUCACUCCAUGUUCGUCCUCCGGCAAGCCACAACAUCACGGGUCGGCGCCCUACUUUUACGGGCCGCCGCCCGCUCGCCUGUUCGCGCCUUUCGAGUUUCGGCUCCGGCAGCCGUUGCACACUUUGACACCCAGUUGCUUGUGGAGCGGCUGCAGCAGAAUGGCAUGACGCAACAACAGGCGGAGGGCGUCAUGAAGGUGUUGGCGGAGGCCGUCGAUGAGAGCGUGCGCAACAUGGAGGCCGGGCUCGUUUCGAAGAGCGAACAGGAGAAGCAGCGGUACACGCAAAACGUCGACUUUGCGCAGCUCAAGAGCGAGUUGCAGCUCCAUGAGAAGAACGAUCUCACAUUGAUGAAGGCUGAGAACGAUAGACUCAUGGCCGACGUGGAGAAGCUUAAGCAGCGGCUGCGCGAGGAGAUUACACGCACGCAGGCUGGCGUGCGGCUCGACCUCAACCUCGAGAAGGGGCGAAUCAGGGAUGAGAGCGCGCAGCAGGAGCUGAAGAUCAAAGAGGUCGACACGCGCAUCGAGAGCGAGAUUGCUGGUCUGCGUACCCAGAUUGAGCAGGCGAAGUUCUCGAUCCUUCAGUACCUCGUCGGCGUGGCGACGGGUUCGGGCGCCCUUCUCCUGGCGUACAUGCGCAUGAUGCGGUAGUGGGCAUGCGCUACAGACCUAUACACAUGCUACAUAAUAGAUUAGAGCAAAAGUCGCUUCGCUCUCAUGUGAACGGGACGAUGGCGGAGACAGG